UGACCUCAUUCCCAAGCUCAACUCCAACUUGCAUCUCUACCAACCUCAUUCGUCCCAGACACCACUGAUUCUCUUGUCCCUAUAGAGUACAGUCACAUACCGGCAACAUGUCGCACGUCCACGCCAUGUCGGACGACCAGGUGUCGAACGAGUUGAAGAAGAUGACUGCCUUUAUCCGGCAGGAAGCCAUCGAGAAAGCCAACGAAAUACAUAUCAAGGCCGACGAAGAGUUCGCGAUCGAGAAGUCCAAGCUGGUGCGCCAAGAGACGGCCGCGAUCGAUUCCGAGUACGAGAAGAAAUUCAAGCAGGCCAGCAUGUCCCAGCAAAUCACCAGAUCUACCGUUGCAAACAAGUCGCGAAUAAGGAUCCUAUCUGCACGCCAGGAGUUGCUCGACAAGCUGUUUGAUGAGGCAAGCAAGAAGUUGAAGGGUGUGUCCAAGGACAAGAAGAAAUACCAGGACAUCUUGAAGAACUUGAUACUGGAAGGCACAUAUGCGCUGAAUGAAGAGAACAUACAAGUAAAGGCACGAAAGGCGGAUUACGAUACCGUGAGGAAGGCAAUCGAGGAGGCACAGGCAGAGUACAAGAGCAAAGUGGGAAAGGACGUGUCUAUAUCGAUCGAUGAGAGCGAUCCUUUACCCGAUGGCUCCGCUGGUGGUGUAGUUGUAGUCGGUACCGGAGGAAAGAUUGACAUAAACAACACUUUCGAAGAGCGUUUGAGACUCCUCGAGACAGAUGCUCUGCCCUCGAUCAGGGUGUUACUAUUUGGGGACAACAAGAAUCGCAAAUUCCAUGAUUGAGCGGCCUGGAUUUUAGGGAAGGUACCACGUCCAUGAAGCGGCAUGCCUACAACAUAGGGCAGUAGUGUGCGUAAGGAUACGGUGAUUAUCAAGCGACCUUAUCCGAUAGAUUGCGAUCGAAGCCACGUCUACUUCGGAGAUCAAUCAUGGGAGCGUGUAGCAUACUUGACACACUUAGCGAAUGAAGCGCCGGCAGCCUGCAUCUUCAGAUAUUUCAUUCCACAUUUAAAGGUAGUUUCUUUGGAUGCGUUCACAUUGAGAUGUCUCCAGCUCAUAGUAGUACCAUUUUCUAGGCUUAUACACCUAGGUAGAGAGGUAGACUGCUAGCAAUCCACUUGCGCGCGCGCUAGUCCGAAUGCGGUCAUACUUACCUGUACCAGAGGAGUGGGUGGUUAUUAUCAACCCGCAAACAAUCCAGAC